CGGACGUUGUUUCCUAUCUGUCCCCGACACAUUCCCCCCCAUGCAAUUCGGACAUAAAUUCCUGAUCCAACACAGCCGGUCUUCUUCAAACUUUCUCGGAUCCCCUUCUCCCUACUCUCCCGAACGAGACCCCCACAAAUCGAUCAGAAGGGGAGAUGGGUGCGCUCUUGAAGCUGACCGACGCAAUCCUCUUCCUCUUCUUCCUCCUGAUCGCCAUCGUCGCGCCUCUGCUCGACGCCCAGACGUGCCUUCCCGAGUCCCUCUUUCCGGACAUCCUGCUCGACCUCCACAAGUGGUACGGCCGCGAGGUGGGCGACUACCUCGUCGUCGAGAAGCCCCUUUUCUACGUCGGCUUCGUCUGGCUCGAGAUUCUGUUCCUGUGGCCGCUCUCUAUCCUCAAUCUGUACGGGAUUGUCGCCGCCAAGUCUUGGUUCAACACCACCUGCUUGAUCUAUGGCGUCUCUGUGGCCACUUCAAUGGCUGCUAUAAUGUCGGAAGUGAUUGGCUCUGGUAAAGCAUCUGAUAACUUGCUGAUGGUGUACUUCCCCUUCGUCGGACUCGGAUUGCUGGCCAUUCUGCGGGGUCUGCUGCCAUAUUCUACCAAGACGACAUCGAACAUCAGCAAAAGACCUGCAUUUGCAAGGAAAAAGAGGGCUUGAGAUACAACACUGUGCUGUGGGCGUUCUGUGACUCCUGCGCUAUCUAACCAGUUCCAGAUCCAAUUCCUUUCGUUUUGGUGAUAUCAGAUUGAGAAUGUUGCCAGUUAAGAAACUUCUCUGAUCUUGGGUCUGCCUUUUGUGAGAUUCUUACUGAAAACCGUUAUACCUUGGGUUUGAAGUCAUCAUCUGGUAAGAAACUUAGUUUGGUUUGGCAGCAUUUUUUUGUUCGCUCACCUGAAAUGAACUUUUAUUUUGGCGAUAUUGCUUGUGCAGGUGGCAAAAGCUGCGAUUGCUUAUGCUGCUUAUGAGUUGAUUGGCAUAUUUCAUUCGAUUUGGUAGU